AUGACCAGAGAUCGCCUGAGGGAACUUCAGGUAAGUCAAUUCCUUUUUGGUGACAUUACUUAUUCAUGGCAGUAACACGUACUGGAAUACGAUCGUUUUCCUUUUUGGUUGUACUUUGUACCUUAAACAUUUGUAUUACUAUCGUUUUUGACUGUUUAUAUUAUAUUUGGCAGUUCUUACUUACUAUCAAAAGCUAAGGUAGACGUUUUUUGAGGAUAACAAGCUUUUUUUUGAACUCAAAUAAGGUAUUAAGGUAAAAUCACGUAGUAAUUUGGAUCAAAUGUUAUUUUUAAAGAGAGCCUACUGUAAUAUUUUUCUCAAGUACAUAACUUCAUGUCAGCAUUAUAACGUCAUUCUUAUUUCUCUACAUAUAACAAGGUUGUUCUCAUGAUUCAAAAAGGCUUAAUCAAGAGGACUGAGUCAACAUGGUCUUUUCCCAUAUUUGAUGACUAAGUAUUUGAUUGCAUUGGCUGCAUAACUGUUUGCAUAAGUGGAUUUAAAUAGCCUCGAGGGUGAUCCUGAAUCUGAACGAACUGCGACUUUACAAAAUGAGUAAACAAUGCAUGAUUUUGAGGAUUGCAGAACAUUUUUAAUUUUUUUUGGGUCGAAAAUCGAUUAUUUAGUCAUCAUUUUGCUAAAAUUGAAAAUUAUCAUAAAGUCAAAUUUAGAAUUUUGGUUUUUGAAAUAAAAUAUGCCAUUGCAAAACGCACAUAAACAAUAUUAAACAUGCAGGUUUGUAGUAACGUGCUCUAUUAAACAUGCUUUUUUGCAGGAACGUGCUCGGGCCCGUCAAGAAGCUCCAACCCAAAUUGUCAUCGACCCCCAAAACUUGGUCAACGAUGACAAUGCUCAUACGAUGGACAUCCUUAAUCAGACCGAGGAAGUGCGACAGUCGAUAAACCGGUUGGAAGAUCGGAUCAAGGACCUUAACCAUAAACAAACAGCCAUAUUGGGGAAGACCAUCGUCUCUUCCGACCAGAAGUACGAACUCGAGAGGGCGAUCGACGAGAUCAAAGAACACAUCAAGGCUUUGAGACCAAGGAUUCGAGAAAUUGAUGUUAAUGUACGACAGUAUGAGAAGUCAGAGCAUGCUACAGUGGCACAACUAAGAAUAAGGAAGAACAGAUGUGAACAGUUGAAGAUGAGGCUGCAGGAAGUGCUACAUUUGUUUAACAAUUCACAAGUAGAAUAUAAGAGACGAGUGUCUAGUAAGGAAACUGGCUUAUCUAUUUAUUAUGUACUGUAGAAUACGUUAAUACUUAAAAUUUGGCAUAUAGUAAACAAUAAGACUUUAGCUUAAUUUAGAAUUUUUAAAGUUGAUAUAUAUAAUACUCUUUAUUAUCUUUCAGGACGAGUAAAGAAGCAGCUAGAUAUGGCAGGCCAGACCUUGAGUGCUGAUGAUGUUCAUCACAUGAUGGAGUCGAAUUCAGAAGAAGUAUUUUACCGUGAAAUUAACCCUUUAAGUGCCUCGGCUCAAACAGUGUUAGAAGACGCUACGAAUCGCCACAAUGAAAUUCUACGAGUAGAACGAAGUAUCAAAGAGCUGAACGACAUCUUCUUGGAGGUUUAUGAACUUGUGCACAUGCAGGUAGGACAACAUUAUUGUUUUUAUUUAUAACCCAGUUUUUUAUUUAAAAAAUUCACUUUGAUUUACCUAAAAGGCUACCGUUUGACUAAACAUGUCGUCAUUAUUACCUAUUAUAAAAUACCCAUUUCAGGACGGUCUAGUCAACAACAUAGCGAAGAACGUUGAAACAGCGGCAGAAUACACAAAAGAAGGGAACGUUAUGAUCAACCGUGCCGUGACCUACAAGAAGCAAGCUCAGCGAAAGACCAUUAUAUGCAUCAUGGUAGCCAUAGGAAUAGUUGUGGCACUUUUGCUUGUCAUCCUAAUAUUUUUGUUGCCUAAAUCUUGA